CGUGGCGCCCCCUCUUACCGCCGACAUACUGCUGCCAACCAACAACCAUAUAGGAGACAGGCGGAGCACAGUUUUGCUCAACGUGGAGUGCGAGGCAGACCCACGCAGUCCUUUCAUAGGACAGACCGGGCUGCUUAUGGCCAUCCCCCCAAACCUACACAGCGUGCACAGACACGAGACUGAGGGUGCAUGGCCGGCGGCAGGGUGUUUCACUCAAGGCUAAAGACCAGCGGGCGCUGAGGUCUUUUCUCCUCAGGGGGGUUCCCCUGGGGCCACCUCCAGCAAGGAGGGAGGUCAUCACCACGAACGCCAGCCAGCACGGCUGGGGCGGGGUUUGGAACCAUCAGGGAAUACACGGCGUAUGGCGGGGCAGGCUUCAGGCCUACCACAUCAAUUAUCUGGAGCUACAUGCAGUAUGGCUUACACUGCAGAACUUCAAAGAACAGUUGGAACACAAACAUGUUCUUCUGGACUCUUCGAAUAUACAGUUAUACAGGCAGGUCAUGGGAACUGCGAUGGGUGCUGCAUAUGCUCCAAACUAUGCUGGCCUCUACCUGGGCCUAUGGGAGGAAUGCUGAACGAAUUCCACCUGUACUUGAACAGCAUCAACCCCAAUCAACCUCAAUCAACUUCCUUGAUUUGAAAAUCUGUGUGGACACGGAGGGGGGCCUUCACACCUCCAUUUACAGGAAGCCCACCGACAGGAACACCAUCCUCAGAGCAGACAGCUUCCACCCAGCCAACUUAAUUUCAAACAUCCCAUACGGUCAGUUUCAGAGACUCCGACGAAUCUGUGACUCAGACAAUGAUUUUGAAGUUCAGUCAACUGACAUAUAUGAACGUUUUAAACAAAGGGGCUACAAGGACAAAACAUUGAACCGUGCAUUGACUAAAACAAAAUCAACUGAACGAGCCAACCUCUUCAAACCCAAACCCAAGAAACCUGUGAGUAACAGAACCUUUUGCUCCCUACAGUACAGUAACCAAACCAACAAAAUCAAACAACUGGGACAUCUUACUAAGUGACACUGC